AUGGGUGACCCCGUAAUCUUCGAGAAACUUAACGUGGGGGCAUCCUCUGUCCCCCCACCCCCCAAAAAACCGAAAAAAAAGGUGGUGAAGGUGCGACCCAACGACAAGGACGCCAAGCUCAAGUACCAGGAGUGUCACAAGAUCGUGAAGCAGAAGGCGUUCGAGCGCGCCAUCGCCAGCGACGAGCACAAGCGCUCCGUCGUCGACUCCCUCGACAUCGAGAGCAUGA